AUGAAGGCCGAUCUUGAAUCGGUUGCUGGUUCGCUCAAGUUCUACUAUAGAGUGGACAUCAACAACACACUCCACUCUAGCGUGCGUGGACGCUUACCCACGAGCCAUAUCGCCGGCUUUUACCUACCAGAACAUGCGCUUGCAGCCUUGAAGCAUCUCAGCGGCAACGCAGAAUUGGACGCGCAUUUGAUGUAUACUGUGUACUUCACUACACCCAAAGAGCUCUCCGACGCUGUCAUGGUUAAUGUUGAAGACACCAACUGCAUGUUGCAAGUCGCAGAAGCGAGCGCAGUCUGGGGGAAGCCUCGAGAGGACAUGGUCACAUUGCGCUUGUCGGGAAAGAAUCAAGACGAGGUUGUCGACAUGAAGAGGAUACUGGAGGCCAAGCUUUCAGGAAGAAUAGCGACCACGGGACUAGAUGGCGAUGCUGCGCGAUACGAGAUCUGGCACGACUUCUUCGCAACUGCAUCUGGAGCUGGGUGGCUACAAGACCUAGCACAAGAAAACGGUGUGAUAAUCAUAAGUGAUAAGUUUCAACAGCGUCUGCGCGUUCAUGAUCCUGAACAGGAUGAUGCACGAAUGGGGCUUGUUGAGCACACCCUUGCAGAGAAAGCCAUCAUCCAGAGCACAUUGGAAGAAACGACCACUAUCCAACUCACUUUGAAAGACUUCCAAGAGCUUCUUACGUCGGACAAGGUUGCCCGUGCUCAGGUCAAGUUGGGUGAGUCAAAAGUCAGCCUUGAUGUGCUAAAGAAAGCACUGGUCCUUCAUUGCACUCAGCAGACCGCCUGGCUGGUUAUAUCUGAGCUAAAUUUACCACUACCACACCACACAUGUCCCCUCUGUGGCGAUGCGACAAACGACGUUAAGCUCUCCAACUGCGGCCACUAUGCCUGCAAGGAAUGCUUCGAUCUUCAACUGCAGGUGGCUUCAUCCGACCUAAGCAACGAUCACUUUCCGCUAUAUGAAUCGCGUGUCCUCAAGAAUGAGCUUAACGAGCAGCUUCUGGACGAGUACAAAGCGGCCGCUGGUACAAAAGAAUGCCUAAAAUGCGCCACACUUAUCGAGAAAGUCGACGGAUGCAACUACGUCGAGUGCAACGGUUGUCAUGGACACAUAUGCUGGGUGUGUCUCAAGGUCUUCUAUGAAAUGGAGGCAGUGUACCAGCACAUGAACGACGCGCAUGGAGGAAAUGGGCUGGUGGAAGGAUCGGAUGACGAAAUCAGCGAGUCGGGGAGUGAUGAUUGGGAGGAUGAAAACGAUUUCGCAGACUUGAUUUGA